AUGGCUGCAGGGUUCCGAGGGUUCUUAUCAAAUGUCAUAGCGCGGAUUCGGUCUUCUAAUCCCUCAACCUCCUUGAGUAAGCGUCUAUGCAUCGUUGCCGGUGCAACCGCCGUUGGAGCAGUUGCCUUAGCAACGCCCGUUCUAGCAACAGAGUUGAUAGUUCAUCCAACAAAAUUGGAUUGGCCCCAUAGAGGUGCCUUGUCUUCUUACGAUCACGCAUCAAUCCGCCGCGGCUAUCAGGUCUACAAGGAAGUCUGUGCUGCCUGUCACUCAAUGAAAUUCCUCGUCUAUCGUCAGCUUAUUGACCAUGUUCUUACUACAGAGGAGACAAAGGCCGAAUGUGCUGAGAUUUUGGUGACAGACGGGCCAGACGAGGAGGGAAAGAUGUUUGAGAGACCGGGUCGUAUUACAGAC